AUGAACCGAAUCCAUUCUCUGCUCUCCCAUUUGCUGACACUCACACAUGCACUCAACCGACCCGCGUCGCUGUUUGGUGCUUCACAGCAGCGCGCAACCUUGAAGGGCCAGUCUGCUAGCGUGAAGAGCGUUAUCAAGUCCGUAGCCUUCAGAUCUCAGAAACGCCUCUCCGCCGUUCGAUGCAGCGCUGGAGGAGCGACCGCAGCACCGGCAGCUCCUUCAGUGACUCCGGCAAUUACGUUAUCUGAGAAGGCUCUGGCGCAUCUGACCAAGAUGCGCGCCGAGCUGAACAAGGACCUACUGUUGCGCAUUGGCGUCAGACAGGGCGGCUGCUCGGGCUUCUCGUACGUCAUGGACUUCGAGGAGCGGGCCAACAUUCAGGAAGGCGACUCAAUUGUCGAUUACCAAGGCUUCUCCAUGGUGUGCGAUCCCAAGAGCCUUCUCUUCCUGUACGGCAUGCGGCUAGAUUACAGUGACGCUCUCAUUGGGGGUGGCUUCUCAUUCAGCAACCCUAAUGCUUCCUCUACCUGUGGAUGUGGCAAGUCAUUUGCUGCGUAG